AUGCCAUUGCAUACAAGCAGGAUUAAGUUACUUCUAACAGAGGACUUGUCACCUCAUAAAAUUUCGUUAUUAAUACUUGUUGUAUUGUAUUGCACAGAUUUCAUUCGAGAAAAUAGAUUGCAAGCUGUUCUAACUACCAUAGUAAGAUUUUUAGAGAACGAUUUAGUAUACAAUGAAAAGAAAGAGUUGGUAGUACUACCAGAAUUACGUGACUUGUGUUUCAUUUUGAAACAAUCCAUUAUUUCUGAUUCUAAUUCUGGAUCCGUGGAGAGUAAAUUAGCCGCCGAGGAGGAUGCUAAUGAUAUUCAAAAAAAGUUGUUGCAAGCCCUAUGGAAUAUAAACUCUGUUGAAAGCUUGGAUUCUCAUAUAAAAAGAGCUUAUUGUAUUCUUCUGGGAUCAGCUGUUGUGACAGUUGAUGAACCUACACCGGACCAAGAUAUUAAGAAACUUAUAUCGCCUAGAUCAUUGCUUGGUUCAUUUAUACAAAAAAUCGUAACAACAUUUAGACUAUUGCAUUUUGACGAAGAGCUUCUUUUAUAUGAAGCAUUUGUUGAUUACAGGGAGCCUUCCAGAGCAUUAUAUGUGUCAAACGGAGGUAACAUACAACAUUAUAAUAAUAGACCUAUAGACCUUUUUGAUUCCAAAAGAAAGCUAUUGGAAAAACCAGCAUUUGCAUUUGAGAACGCCAAAAUCAAAGAAGCAAACGGAAAUAAUGAAAACGAUGAAAUCCUUUUUAAUACACUCAAAACUCAAUUAAAUGAAAGCUUAGGUGUAAGCUUGCCAACACCCUCACAAUCAUCUCAAAGUGUUAAUUUGAAAUUAUUGCCAGUCCCGAAACAUGAUAUACAAGUUCUAUUGGAUAAACAGAUAAGUUUAUUGGAGGUAUAUGGAACUGAAACUCCUAAGUUAUUACGUGAUGUGAUGUCAUUAAUGACAUCUCCUAAUUCUAAUACAUGCCUGAUUCAGAAUACUACAUUUAAUAAUUUACCAUCAUAUUAUUAUGUUAACUAUUUGGAAUGCUUGCACGAUCUCGAUUAUGAAGGCGCUUUUCAGUCAUUGCAUCAAUAUUUUGAUUAUAUGGUUUCGAAUAAUUCGAAAUAUUUCUAUCAUUUUGCAUUAAUUUCUAGGGCAUCUUUGCACCAGUUUUUUGGUGAAGACGAAAAAGCCUUAGAUGCAAUUCAGGAGGCUAUUUCUGUUGCAAGAGAAAAUAAAGAUAAUUCAACAUUAACAUAUAUUUUAUCAUGGUUAUUCAACUUUAUGAAGAAUAAACCUGAGUUAUGGAACACUCAAACAUUUUAUCAUAACAACAAUGAACAGCACUUGUUGGACUUUCUAGUAAACAAAACUCAGUCAGUUUCCCUUCUGCUAUAUGCAAUGAGUUACCAUUUUGAAACAUUACAUGUAAUGAAUAAUGGCGGUCCUCUAAACAAAUACCUUGAAAGCUUGCUUAAGGCUACUUAUAUUUCUAUUAAUGACGAAUUACCUACGUUUAUAAAAUCUGUUGAAAUGAUUGCAACUGUUUGGAGUAGAAUUGGGAAUCCGCAUCUAUGCAGUGUUUACACAGAUAUUGGUCUCGAAUGCACCAAAGAUACGGGAAACUUAAGUGACGAAUUAUCAAUUGAAAUAAGAAAAUCUUAUUUAGAAUAUUAUAGUGGGGACACAGAAAUAGCCUAUUCGAAGUUAGAAGCUUUGAAACAUAAAACGGUGAGAGAUCAAUCGCUUUACAAAAUGUUGCAAUUGCGAACAUUGAUAAUGCUAGUAAAGAUAGCAUUAAAAAAAGGCCGUUUUAAAUUUGCGCAGAAGAUCAUGGAAACGCUAUCCAACAAUGAAAUUCAAGAAAUCGAAUUAAAAGCAGAGAUGGUUUAUCUACAUGCUGAAGUUGAAACUGCGCUAGGUAACUUUUCGAAAGCUUUAAACUACAUAUCAAGUAAUUUAUCACGGAUCGAGUCGCAACAUUCUAAGACUCAGACUAAUUUGCAUACUAUAAUAAGACUUAAUUUACUAAAAUGCUAUAUAUUCAAUAAGUCAGGAGCACAUUCAAGAGCCAUUUCUCUCAUCAUUCAACAAAUACAGCAUGCGAAACAAACAGGAUUCAAAACCUUAGUUGUUGAAGGGCUAAUAAUAUUAAUUUCCAUUUUAAAUAAUAUGGAAUGUUACGAAGAUUCUUAUCAAAUUUUAAGUGCAAUAAUGCCUGAAAUUCUUAUGGUUGAGAACAAGGAGUAUACAUCUACAGCAUACUUUGAAUUUGCUAAAACGUGCUUUAGGCUAAGCUUCCAAGAUCAAUUAACUGCACUGAAGUUAAAUGUAAACGAAAAACAAUUACUUAAUAGAUUUUUGAAAUUUUUAAACACAAGUAUUAGCGGGUUCCGCCAAUCUUUGAAUUUAGAGAUGUUGAAGGAAUGCUUCAAAUUGGAAAAAGAUAUGGCAGAUAUGAAGCAAUUAGACGAGCUCCAAGAGCAUUCGGCAAAAUCAUUAGAGAAAUUACGCAAAAGAGCAUUAGAAGAAGCUGAUUAUGGAUUUGUUUUAAAUAAUAAUAAAAUAGAAAAUUAA